AGUCUGUGACAACCUAGGCAUCAAAGUAAGAUCAAAAACUCAAAAGAAACCAAAAGUGCCUAUGUGGAAAGACGAAUCGAGAAAGACAUCCAAAAAAUACGUGGAGAAAUCUCAAUCCUAGCUGGAAUCCUCCGAGGAAGACGUGUUAAGGAGAAGAAAAGAAGAGCUCUCAUGAGAAAAUAUAAGUUAAAAUCCAACGACGACAUCCCACCUGUCACGGAAAAACUGAAACAACAGCUAUUAGCUAAAUCCCAGAGAAUAAGGCGCUUUGAGAAAGGAGGAAAGUUUUACUCCCAGAACAAAAUGUUCGAAGAAAGCAUUAAAAGAUUCUAUCGUGUACUUGGGAAAAAGACCAUCGAACUCUCCGAGCCACCCGGGAAAGAAGCUCUUGAGAACUUCUGGGCUAAUAUCUGGGAGGAAGAAAAGCGUCACAAUGAGAGAGCAGAGUGGAUAAAACAAAUAGAGAAUGAAACCCAACAAACGCCCACUCAGGAAUGGCGGGAAAUAUCCACUGCUGAAACAACAUCUGCUAUCAAAAAAUCCAACAACUGGAAAGCUCCUGGGAUUGAUGGAAUAGCAAACUUCUGGAUUAAACAUCUGACAGCCUUACACGAAGAUCUGACUAAUGCCUACAACAUCUGCAUCGAAAACCCAGAGGAACGCCCAAACUGGCUAACAACUGGUAUCACUUACCUCCUUCCAAAAACCGAGGACACGGCAAACUCCAAAUACUACAGGCCCAUCACUUGUCUUCCUGCAAUGUACAAGAUCUUAACAUCAAUCGUGUCAGCUAGAUGUUAUAGCCAUCUUGUGAAUUAGAACUUACUACCAUCCGAACAAAACGGUUGCAGAAAAGGGAGCUACGGCUGUAAGGACCAACUCCUCAUCAACAAAGCUAUAUUGGAAGAUAUGAAGACGAAAAAGACAAUCCUCAGUACAGCUUGGGUGGAUUACAAGAAAGCUUUUGACUCCGUUCCCCACAGCUGGAUAUUAAAAUGUCUUGAAAUCUACAAGAUAUCACCAAAAAUGAAAGAUUUCAUCAAAGCAAGUAUGACCAAAUGGAAAACAACCCUCACGCUUAACUAUAACAAGGAAACAAUAUCUUCUCGUGAAAU